AUGCGUUACGUCCUCGUCACUGGCGGUGUCAUUUCAGGGGUUGGAAAGGGCAUCAUCGCCUCUUCCACGGGCCUGCUCCUGAAAACUCUCGGCCUCCGUGUCAGCUGCAUUAAGAUUGACCCUUAUGUAUCGGUCGAUGCGGGGCUCAUGGCCCCCGCCGAGCACGGCGAAUGCUUCGUUUUGUGCUCUGGCGGUGAAGUAGACCUGGACCUCGGGAAUUACGAGAGAUAUCUCUCAGUUCGCCUCACUAGCGAACACAACAUCACGACGGGCAAGGUCUACCUCAAUGUCAUCGAGAAGGAGCGUCGAGGCGAUUACCUCGGCAAGACAGUCCAGAUUGUGCCACAUGUUACCGAUUCGAUCAAAGACUGGAUCAGGAGAGUCUCGAAGAUUCCGGUUGACGGCUCAUCCGAAGAGCCUGACGUUUGCAUCAUUGAACUCGGAGGAACUAUUGGUGACAUUGAGAGCAUGCCGUUCAUUGAGGCCCUCACCCAACUGCGCCACGAGGCCGGUAGCGGCAACUUCAUGAACAUCCACGUUUCCUACGUCCCUACCGUACACGGAGAGCAGAAGACGAAACCGACACAGCACGCCGUGAAGUCAAUCCGUAGUCAUGGCUUGAUUCCAGAUGUGAUCGCCUGCCGUUGCGAAACACCACUUGCCGAGGCGACCGUUUCCAAGCUUGCGCUCCACUGCCAGGUCGAGAAGGAACAGGUCAUUGUUGUACGGGACAUGCCAACCAUCUACCAAGUCCCUCUGCUCCUCAGCGAGCAAAAGCUCGUCCCUCAGCUUCGGUCCAGACUGGCCCUGGAGAAGAUUGCCAUCCCACCAGCCAUGGUAGCCCAAGGCGAGGAGCUCUGGAAUAUGUGGAAGACGAUCGUCACUCCAACUUACCAGGAGGAACUUAAGAUCGCCCUCGUGGGCAAGUAUGUCACAUGCCAGGACGCUUAUCUUUCGGUUGUAAAGGCCCUCGAGCAUUCGGCAAUGCGGAUCCGCCGGAAACUGAAUCUGAUGUGGAUCGACUCGGAGGAACUCGAGCCCACGAACGGGGGCGGGCCUGCGCAAGCGAGGUACCACAAGGCGUGGCAUGACGUGUCCACAGCGUCCGGUAUCAUCGUGCCCGGUGGUUUCGGUCAUCGCGGGACGGAGGGGAUGAUGCGGGUCACCAAGUGGGCCAGAGAAAACGGGAUUCCCUUUCUCGGUGUCUGCCUCGGCUUUCAAGUCGCCGCGAUUCAGUACGCCCGCGAUCUCUGCGGCAUGCUGGAGGCCACCUCGGAGGAAUUCAACGCACAGGCCAAGGACCGCGUGGUAAUCUACAUGCCCGAAGUCGACCGGCAGAAAAUGGGCGGCACGAUGCGUCUAGGUCUGCGCAAGACCAUCUUCCAGCAAGACACGGAGUGGUCAAGGGCCCGAGCUUUGUAUGGCGGUGUCGAAGUCAUCGAGGAGAGGCACCGGCACCGGUACGAGAUCAACCCUGAGCUGGUCGGGACGCUCGAGAAGGCCGGUCUGCACUUUGUCGGCAAGGAUGAGACGGGCGAGCGGAUGGAGAUCUUUGAACUCAAAGACCAUCCCUACUUUGUCGGCACGCAAUUCCAUGCCGAGUACCAGUCGCAAGUCGUCAACCCGAGCGUGAGUCUGCCCAUACCGCUCCCCAAGUUCGAACUAACUCAAGACCAGAGACCCUACCUCGGUUUCGUGGCUGCGAGUGCCGGCUGCUUAGACGAGGUAAUCAAGCAACAGCCGGUUGAGCCAUUCAAGAACGCCACCAUCAACGGCACGGCCGAAUGA